CAAUGCCGAUAUAUUUCACCUAACUGUACCUGUUCGUGCGUCUCUCUGCAUCCCCCUUCACACAUCAAUGGAGGCCAUAGUACUGUAUCCAGCGCCCAACAUGGGUCACCUUAUCUCCAUGGUGGAGCUAGCUCAGCUAAUCCUCCUCCACCACCACCACCCUUCUAAUUCUCUGUUAUCCGUCCACAUCCUCAUCACCUCUCCACCCAUCGACCUGGGCUCCCCCUCCCCUUUCAUCGCCUCCGUCUCCGCCACCACCCCUUCCAUCAUCUUCCAUCAGCUCCCCGACCCCUCUCUCCCUCUCCAACCCGCCUCCUUCCCCUCCAUGGAAGCCCUCGUUUUUGAGCACAUCAACCUCACUACCCCUCAGGUCCAAACCACCCUCCUUUCUAUCUCUGUCUCUUCCUCCAUCCGUGCUUUCGUUAUCGACGUUUUCUGUACUCCCGCUCUCGAAGUCGGCACUUCCCUCCAAAUCCCAACUUACUAUUUCUUUACCUCCGGCGCAAGCUGCCUUGCCUUGUUUCUCUACCUCCCCACUCUUCACAAAAACACCACAAAAAGCUUCAAAGACCUCAACACCCAUCUCCACGUCCCAGGCUUACCACCCAUCCCCUCGUCCCAUAUGCCGGAGCCAACGCUUGACAGAACCAAAGAACAACAUUCUUGGUUCCUUAAUUUUACUACCCGCCUUCCGAAAUCUGCUGGAAUCAUCGUUAACACGUUUAACUCUCUUGAGCCAAUUGCAUUGAAAGCUAUAUCAGAUGGACUUUGCGUCCAGGACGGCCACACUCCACCCAUUUUCUGUGUUGGACCAGUGAUCAAGUCCAACGAUCAAAGUGCUGGAGGUCAAGCCGAGUGUUUAAAAUGGCUGGACUCGCAACCCAGGGGAAAGGUUGUAUUUUUGUGCUUCGGGAGCUUAGGUACGUUUUCAAAGGAGCAGUUGAAGGAAAUAGCUGUAGGGCUAGAGAAAAGUGGCCAAAGGUUCUUGUGGGUGGUGCGCAGUCCACCUAUGAAAGAGCAAAGUCAGCAGUUGUUGUCACAAUCUGAAGAAGACCCAGACUUGGAUUCUUUGCUCCCGGAAAGUUUCUUGGAUCGCACUAGGGAGAAGGGGCUCGUCGUGAAGAAAUGGGCACCACAGGUACCGGUGCUGAGUCAUGACGCGGUGGGCAGUUUCGUCACUCAUUGUGGGUGGAACUCAGUGCUGGAAGCGAUUUGCGCUGGCGUACCGAUGGUGGCGUGGCCGCUGUACGCGGAGCAGAGGUUUAACAAGAUAUUGUUGGUGGAGCAGUUGAAGCUGGCUUUGCCAAUGAACGAGUCGGCGGGUGGGUUAGUGAGCGCGGCCGAGGUGGAGAGGCGAGUUAGAGAGAUUAUGGAGUCGGAGGAGGGAAACUCGGUGAGAGAGCAGGUAUUGGCCAAGAGACAGGAGGCAAUGGCGGCAACGAGUGAACAAGGCUCGUCCCGAGUUGCGCUUGCAAAGUUUAUGGAGUCGGCGAAGAGGUUUCCCUAAUCCAGGAUCGAGUAAAAGUGGAUGUGUUUGUUUCUUUCAGCCAGUCCAGACCAACACGUUGCAGCAUAGCCCCCUAUACUGCAGCUUCUAUCUUCAGUUCUAUAGUCUGUUCAUCAGACUAUGUUAAAACCGUCACCAAGCGGUCUUCCCUUAUGGGAAUUGGGUGUGAGCCAUUUGUUUGGUUCCGAUCACCCGUUUUAUUUUUUCUUUUCUGUGUUGUAAUGUGUGUUGGUUUUGGGAAGACUGUAGGAGAUCCCCACCCCAUCAAACUUGUAUCUUGUAUCUUUUAGUUUAUCUAUAAAUAUCCUACUUGCUGAGAAAUAAAAAAAUUUUGACAUCU